UGUAAAAGUUCAACGGUCAACACUUUGCUGUUUUUUGGUAAUUUUAUUUUUCAUUGCUAAAGUUUUGGACGGUUCAGAUCGAUUAACAAGAAUCAUCGCCAUGGCUGAUAACGCUACAUCUUCCUAUCUUAAACUACAUGGGCUUGACCGACUUGUGGCAAUUUUUGCUGAACAAGAAAUACAGCUGCCCGACUUUUCGUUUCUUCGAAAUAAUCCCGCGGAACUACAACAAUUACUUCCUAAGUUAAGGGACAGAAUUGAUUUCAUGAAAGUUGUUGAACAUAACACCAAAUCAACGCAAGCCGAUCUGGAGCCACCGAUAAUUUGCAGAGAGACUCUGAUAGAGAUUUGUUCAAAAAAUGAUUUCGGCCGAGCAUUCCUCGAUGGAUAUAGAAAUGUGAACGGGAAACGCGAAUAUUCACCAGACUCAAGGGUGUUCUUGAAAAAGGCUCUUGUGGAGCAUUUCUUCAGAUUAAACAAAGGACAUAUCACGCACAACAAUUUCAUGGAAAUGGUACAAACAAUUCGAAAUGAACUUCCAGACGAAGAUGUGCGGACAUGGUACGUCCCCCAAAUGAGAAACAAAAGUGGUGGGGGUCUCCUAUAUAACAGAUAUCGUUACAUUCAACAUACUGACAAAAGGUUCAAGCAAUCGCAACAUGAAGUAGAAGAAUCAGGACCUUCGCGGAGUUUUCAAAACUCUUCAUGGGAAACGCUAAGCAGUGAUGAAAAAGAGAGAUGUGAAGCGGCCAAGCAUAAAUUACAAGUAACUGGAUAUUCCGAUUCCGAAAAUAUCACCACUGCGUGGAAGCAGAGCUUCUCCCUACGAAGGAAGGAAGCACUGGCUGGUCAAAUAAAAUUUAGAGAAUGGGAGGUUCUCGUACAUUUUGACAAUGUGCAUGAGCUUGUAAACUACGAUUUCCGCUCUGUUCAUAGCAUCAAAAACGAUACAUUAGCAUUGCACGGAACAACGUUUGUCAAAAACUUCAAUAAAGUCUUUCAUGUUUACCGCUCUCUUGUGGAAGAGGAUAAACCGCUCUACGACACGAUCCUAACAAUCUUUAACGACGAUGUGCAAGUUAAUGGUAACUAUUUUUACACAUAUUCAAAUUAG